CGUAGUAGGCGUAAGGUAGGAGGGAGCCAUUCAUUCACUCACAACAGCAACACACGCACAGAGACAGCAGCGCUAACAUGUCGGAGAAGAAGCAGACCGUGGACCUGGGUUUACUGGAGGAGGACGAUGAGUUUGAAGAGUUCCCAGCGGAGGAUUGGACGGGUCUGGAUGAAGAUGAGGAUGCUCAUGUUUGGGAAGACAACUGGGACGAUGACAACGUAGAGGAUGAUUUCUCAAAUCAGCUGAGAGCCGAGCUGGAAAAACAUGGUUACAAAAUGGAGACAUCAUAGCGGCUGUCCUGGUUUAUAUGUAUACGAUGAUUGUGGAUAUGGACAUUUCUGUUUGAAUAGAACCGGUAGACCACACAUCACCGGAAGAUGUUUGACAACGUGAAUUUGUUUCUUUUUUGUAAGAAAUAUGGAUAAAAAUAAACAGUUUGGAGAUUAAAGUUCA